CUAUAAAUAGCGUGUACAGCUUAGUGAAAAAGCUAGUUCCCUAUUUCGCAAUCAUGGCGAGUUAGCACUGUUUACAAGAGUUUAUACUCAUUGUCCUUAACAGCUAAAGGAAAGGUGGAGUGUGGAGUGUCUAUAGCUAGCAGAUUGUGCCAAGCGAAGAGGUGUUCACCGUAAGGAUAAAAGACAUCGGUAGUCAUGGAGAUUGGGAAAUGUAUCUGCUUUUUCACCUGUGUGAUGUUACAACUGGUUAGCGUGGAGCUACGAACCAUUAAGGUAGGCGGAAGUGAUAAUUAUAACUGUGGCUCCACCUACACGAUCAGCGAUACUGAUGAUAGCUUUAUGAUAUCCUGGGAUGGCCGGUCGGUGACCAAUAACUGUAAACUGUCUAUUAAUGGAGAAAACGAGCUCAAAGUGUGCGCUUUACUGGGGCCAAGUGUGAUGAACUGUCAAGAAACAAUUAAAAUUUACGAAGGAAGUGACACGAGAUUUAAACAGGUCCGAGAAGUGACUUGUGGAUCGAGUGAUGUCACGGUAUGCAGUGACUAUGAAGGGAUGAUAACGGUGAAAUUCAUCGACGCCAACACCGCGUCCUCCUCAAACGUCACAAUCAAGGUGUAUGGCGAAAUCAAGGAUGCUGAUGACGACGACGACUUUAACUACCAUCUGAUACAGCCCAUCGCCACUGCAGCAGGGGUCGUCUUGGUUGUCAUCGCUACUGCCGUCGGCUGGUGUAUCUUCUUAAAAAUCUCCAAGAAAAGAGAACAACAGCGUAAAGCAAUGCUGUCGGCUAAUCCACCCACUUAGCUGGGCUCAGCAAGCACAGGCCCAGCAGAAUCAGGGUUACACAUAUAACACCAACCAAAAUUACAUGUAUCCCGUAGGAUCAGCAAAUCCUGCCGGGAAAGUUUAGCAACAAAAGUACGCCGGACAGCAAAUGAGCUUAAAUACAAUUCAAUAGAUAAGCCACGAUAUUCCAAUAUCUACCUAUGUAUGUAGCUUUAAAACAUAUACUAUUUCAUGGUAUUUCAAACAGAGAGUACGAUUAUAGUUUAUUCAAAUGACAACCCUGUUGUUCCCUCGCGAAUUUACUGGAAGAUAAAGAAAGCAUCCGUCUUGUUUGGACGUGGAGACAAUGGACGCGAGGUAAUUGCUUUUUAUACUAAAAAGAUACAAAUGUAAUUAUAUUAAUGUUUUAUGCAAUCUAAUUAAAAUUAGACUUGUAAUUUCCGCUUCUCUACGAUACACUACAAUACAAGAAGCGGAAGUUACAAGUCUAAUUUUAAUUAGAUUGAUGUUUUAUGUUAACUGUUGUGAAUGCCAUGACCUAACACAUCGCCUCCUUUUAUAGAGAACGCGCCUCCUGAGGAGGAAUCCCGCGUUAAUGUAUCUCCCUUCUCAUAUACCUCAAAUGUGGGCUGUACUCUCACUGAACCUCUAUGGUAGAAAUGUGUUAUAUAUUUUUCUGUGAUACUUGUAAUUAAACGUUCAAUAUUAAGAUUUUGAUCGAUAUUGAUUUAUAUUGUAUGCAUGAUUAGUAACCAUGACGUCAUAAUACGGACACUAAUUAAGGAGUUGUUGUCGCUGGAAUAGUCCACGUAAUAUUGUGUUUCUCUGUUUACAUUUGACACGUUGUGAUUGUCCCUACGUCACACAUGUCGGGUUGUUACUCAUCAGGCUAUAUGACAAUGAUAUGCCUCUGUAAAUUACCUAACACGAGAUCUGUGAUGUUGGUAUAAUCAUGUAUGAUAAGUAAAAGAUGUUCGUCAUACGUAUUGCAUUCUGAGUGCUGAUUCUUUAUUUGAACAUAUCAAGUAAAAACGUCAAACAGUUGACUAUAAAUACAGUAUGGAUACAGUAUGGAUACAGUAUGAAUACAGUAUGAAACAUGGUUUCACGUGCUGAUUUUCCACUUAAAAUCAGUAAAAUAUUAAUACGGCAGAAAAAUAGUCUCCGUUUCAUUUCCAAAGAUUAUGUUUUCUUUGCCAUCUAUUCAUAUGAAAUGAAUCUACUUUAACACGAAUUAUUGUAUUUGAUGUCAUUUGAUAUAUUCUUGUCGUUAAUGAAACAAAAAUAGUGAUGAUAACUGGGUGAAACGUUGGCACCUAAGUAAAGAUUGGUUUGAUGCACGCUGGCACACUUAGUAAAAUAGGUAGUUAUAAUUACCCAAAUAUAGAUUCAAUUCAAAAAAGGUACAAAUAGUUUAAAAAGCGCUCAUAUUCACACCUAUAACUACGGCAUUUCAUAAAACAUUUCAAAAAUAUAUAAAUAGAUAAGUAUAGUCAAAUUUUAUUGAGGCGUCUGCUUGGAAUAAGGUCGUUUUUAUUUUAUAGUAUGAUUUUAUUACAUUAAUGCUAGAAUUGUUUAUCACACUUCUUGGAUAUGGAUAUUAUAAUACAUUAUCAAAUUAUGUAACUUUUAUUUCAUUUUUCAAACGCUGGUGAAUUUUAGAGAAGUAGUUUUGUUUACUUUUUACCCGGUAUUCUUGCGCGGUCCUAAUCACCAUGCGUAAACACCAAUACUUGCUGUACAUGUACAUACAUUGGGUUUGUUUAGCUUUAUCUGGAGACAAUUUAGUGCGAGUGUAUUUUUUUUUCAUAUAAUGUCAAAUAAAGUGUAUUUUUACGUUAUCUCAAUAUCAUGUAUCUGACAGAUACAGUGUAUUUAGUAUAGUAAUAGUGGUGAUUUGUUUAGCGAACAACCUUAAUUUGUUUUUCGCCUCCAAUACCUAACAUUUGGGAUUAUUAGAAUACAUGUAUAUUACAAUGUUUUUUAUUUGUUAUUACAGACUGUAUGAUGUAAUCAGUAAAGUAUAUUUUUAAUACUUA